AUGGCUGCAAAGUUUUAUUAUUUUGGAUUCGGUAGUAAUUUACUGGCCAAACGGUUGCAUUUACAAAAUCCCACGGCUGUGAGGAUAGGACCAGGGAAAUUGGAGAAUUUCCGUUUGGAUUUUAAUUUGACAACGGAUCGCUGGUAUGGUGCCUGUGCCACAAUUGUACCCAACAAGGGCGAAUAUGUUUGGGGUGCCAUAUGGGAACUAGAUGAGAGCGACAUGGAACAUUUGGAUAACCAAGAAGGUGUCCAUCAGGGUAUUUACACCCCCAUUACAGUUUCCGUGUAUUGCCCCACAUUGGAUAGCAAUAUUGAAUGCCGCGCAUAUCAUUUGUGUGAACAACCGGAUACAAAUUUAAAUACCUUACCAAUAAAUGAAAUACCCUCGGAUCGUUUGCCAUCGGCAACAUAUUUAAAAAGUUUGGUAAAGGGUGCUAUGGAAUCGGAUAUACCCUAUGAAUAUAUUGAUUGGUUAAUGCAUAUACCACACAAUGGUAAUAUUGCUGAACGAUUUGAACUCGAACUGGAACUCGAUGGUAUUGAGUUGUAUAAUUUAGUUAAGGAGGAAAUUUGA